AUGCUUGAUCUGCUUCUCGAUGCGGCAAGUCAGCUGAUUUGCUCCAAUGCUCUCAAUCGAGGAUCUGGCUUUCAACUUCUUUCUGCGAGGGAAGAUGGCCUUUUCUUCUCUGACGUUAAGACUUCCCCUCUGGGUUCAACCAUGCAUCUGGUCACAAAAGAAACAUCGGAGGAUCUUAUCCUUCAGCAAUGCCAUUUUCCUACCUCUGCUAGGAGAGACGUGACAAGUCAUCACUAUGAGACGAUAAGCGUCUCCGAUCAUUCAAGAUUCCGUGCGAGUUCGGGGAAGAGCUUUGGGCCAUUAGAUGAAGUAGUACUAGCUGCUUGGGCAAUCCUAUUACGCAGUUAUUUUCGGAGGAGCAUUGUUUCUUUUGCGGUGCUUCUCGGUUCUAAAGGUCCUAAGUAUCUCGGGAACUUCACCGAUGAUAUACUAUUGCAAGGAGACGCCGAAGCUUUGGUCCUACGAUAUGACAUCUUCGACGGGUGUCUAAUCCAAGAUGUUCGUGCAAGCGUCUGUCGGAUAUCCAGAGCGGGUCUGAAAAAGACUCAGAUCAGUACGGCAUUCAAUCUGUUGAGCUCUGCGCCCCUCAUAGAUGGCUACUCGAAGGGGGGGAACGUUCAGCUGGCGCACGAAGAUAUCCUUGAUGAUGGUUUCGACUUUAUAUUGAAUUCGGAGGCCAUAGAGUCGUCGAUCCAUGUUUCCAUGAGCUAUCGUUGUCCUGCAAUUUCCAGGCAAUACGCUCAAGCCGUGGCAAAUACGCUUCGAAAUAUCAUAGAGAAAGUAGUUUCAGACCCCGGGCUUACCAUCGACAAAACAGAUUUCGUCAGUGAUGACGAUAAAGAGAAGAUGAUAUCGUGGAAUGUCAAGGUCCCCUACGCUCAAAUGACCUGCAUGCACUACCUGGUUGAAUCCGUCGCGCGAGCGAUACCAUCUUCCGAGGCUAUCUGUGCCUGGGAUGGCACCGUGACUUAUGCUCAGCUCAAUGCACUUUCGUCAAUUGCCGCCCAGCAACUAGUUCGAGCUGGUGUCGGCCCCGGAACCUAUGUACCUUUCGCUUAUGAGAAAAGUCUCUGGACGGUGGUCGCCACAUUCGCCAUCUUGAAAGCUGGUGGUGCAUUUGUUCCGCUCGACCCAGCACACCCGAGAGCGCGGCUCAAGGAGAUUCUGAACAGCAUAAAUGCAACUGUGGUGGUUACCUCAGACUUGUUUGCAUCCAGCAUGCAGGGUUUGGCCGAGCAUGUGAUAGUGGUAAACGCAAAGACGGUCUCCAGAGGUCAGAGUAACGAAACCAAAGGCUUCUGUGCUGCCAGUGUUGGGCCUAAGGACCCUAUCUUCGUUCUUUUCACUUCCGGCUCAACCGGCAAACCCAAGGGGAUGAUCCACGAGCAUGGAGCAAUCUGCACGCAUGCCAUAACACAUGGAGAAGCAAUGGGCUACCAUGGCGCACGCGUAUUGCAGUUCGCCGCUCACACCUUCGAUGUUGCAAUUAUAGACAUUUUCACAACAUUGAUCUUUGGUGGCUGCAUAUGUAUUCCGUCUGAAGAAGACCGCAGGAGCAACAUCGUUGGUGUGAUCAACAGUAUGAAAGCAGAUUACGCUAUUCUGACACCGUCCUUUGCAGGCUUGAUUGAGCCAUCUGAUGUUCCGACUCUCAAGACACUUGCAAUUGGUGGCGAGGCUCUUCCUCAAGAUCGUAUUCAAAGGUGGGCAGAAAGAGUCUCGCUCAUCCAGAUUUACGGGCCCGCAGAGGUCGGUAUAUGCCUCAUCAUGCACAUGCAUUCUAGAACUUCUCCAGAGACUGUUGGUUAUCCACUUCCAAAUUCCUCAUGCUGGCUUGUGGACCCAGACAACCCACAUUGUCUCGUGCCUAUUGGGGCAGUUGGCGAGUUGGUAGUGGCUGGCCCAAGUUUGGCACGCAGUUAUCUCAAUGAUGAAGUCAAAACCCGAUCAUGCUUCCUUGAAAACCUUGAUUGGGCAGAUCAAAUGGGGCUCAAGUGUGGACGCUUUUAUAGGACGGGAGAUCUCCUCAGAUAUAAUACGAAUUUAUUUGAUGGGGCGUACGACUUUGUUGGCAGGAAGGACACCCAAAUCAAGCUUCGAGGACAGCGGAUCGAACCCGGUGAGGUCGAGUACCAUAUAGCAUCCAUCCCAGGAGUGGCCGUCUCGAUGGUGACCCGACCCGAGCGAGGGUGCUUUGCCGGAGAGCUAGUUUCCGUGGUGCAAAUGCGUAGCACAGAAUCUUCGCGUGUUCUGAGCAAACCCAUAUCUAUUGCGCUGGAUCAGUCUCUAUCUAUAGAGGCUGUUCGACGAAAUCUUGUCGGAGCUCUGCCAGGCUACAUGAUUCCGACAGUAUGCAUUGUGGUCGACAAUAUGCCAUUCGUACCGUCUCUGAAGAUAAACCGGAAGCUGGUGGACCAAUGGCUCACGAACAUGACAUCAAGACCUUCUGAGGUGGUAUCGGCCACACUGAAUGAUCUACGAGCUUCGCUCCUCGAUCCUGGCGAAGCUACAGCAAACCUCCUCAGUGCCAAAAUCGUGGAACUAGUGGCACGCAAAGACGAAGCCAGGGAGUCAAUGCUGAAGAGGCAUGACUUUGUUCUUCAGAAAAGUGGUAUCGACUCGAUCCAAAUCAUCUCUCUUUCAAUCUUUAUGCAGAAGGAAUUUGGGAUCAGAAUACCAAUGCAUCAGCUGUUGAACUCAACAACAACCAUUCGCGACCUAGCAUAUUUGAUUGAUCAUCGCAAUGACUCGUCUACCGCUUCUACCAUACAUACAACCGUCAACGUUGCUCAAGAGGUCGCAAUCUGGAGCGAGAAAUUGUUCCGGGACAUCAAACCGCAAGGCUCGAAUGGUGAUUCAGCCGCCUCAGUGGCCAUUCGAAAUGUGUUUCUCACCGGCGCUUCUGGAUACCUAGGCUCGGCUAUCCUUCAACAGCUCGUGGCGAAACCAGAUUUGCGAAUCUUCUGCCUGGUACGAUGCGCCACGGAAUCCGCAGGGUUCCAGCGCGUCAAGGAGACCGGCAUCAGAACCGGCUGGUGGCAAGACUGUUAUGGCUCUAGAAUUCAAGUAUGGCGGGGCGACCUCACAGAAGACGAUCUUGGACUAGACAGCCGGCAGUUGGAUUGUCUUUGCGGAACAACAAGUCGAGAGGACUUACAUAUUCACGCCAUCAUCCACAACGGCGCAAAGGUACACUACAGCUCCGACUUUCUCACCCUUAAAGCUACGAAUGUCCAUCCAACAUCCGAGCUCCUUAAGAUCACGGCGCAGGCGGCCAAUAUUUCAUCCUUCGUCUUUGUUUCUGGUGGCAGAAAGCCCAGCAUUAAACCGGACAAUGAGGAAGAUCCUGAGUCUCACCGCAGCGAUGCAGCUAAUCAUAUCGAUCAAGCCGACGGUUAUGCCCAGACGAAAUACGUAUCCGAGCAGCUCGUGCGGAACUGCGUUGAUCAUACUUACUUCCAAUCUAAGUGCCUCUCCACAAUCAAGCCUGGGUACGUUGUCGGUUCCCGCCAAGCCGGCAUUGCUAACCAGACCGAUUUCAUUUGGCGCCUUAUCGCGGGCUGCGUGGAGAUUGGAGCGUACAACCAUGACGAGGCGGCACAUUGGCUCCUGAUUGCCGACGUAGAUUGCGUGGCUCGUCGUGUUGUCUCCAGCAUCUGCAAUGACGCUGCUAGCCAUCACUCCGGUCGUGUAGAGAAGGUGUUGGAGGGCCUUCGCUUCGCGGAGUUGUGGGAAAUGCUGGCACGGGAUUUUGGCUACGACUUAGAAAGGCUGGGUUAUGAUGAAUGGAUGGGACGGUUGAAAGGAGCGAUCAUGAAGAAGCGCGAAGAACACCUUCUCUUCCCACUUAUUCAUGUAUUGGAAAGGGACGGAGGGACCAUAGGUUCGCGGGAGAUGCCCGUAGGCGUGGACAGUGAGGGAAUGAAGGAGGUCAUCAGAAGCAAUGUGAAGCGAUUGAUUGAGGUUGGGUUUUUGCCAAGUCCUCAGAAGUCUCCGUGA